AUCUAUGGCGUUGGCGUGGAGAAGGGUUUGAUGGGCGUCCCCCUCAUCACUGUCUCCUGUCUUCUGUAGCGUGGCCCGCUUGAGUCAUGGAUACGCCUGUUUUUGGGUCUACCGAGAUAACAUGAUCCGUCGAAACUGAUGGACGGAAUGGAUGUCAUUCAAGCAUCACGUUGGGCCCCACAGAGCUCUUUGUUCCCCGGCAACCGUAACACUUGUUGUAUGAAACUCGCUUCCCCAAUCUUCAUUCUUACUUCUGCUGCUGCUGCUUCUGCUUCAGAGAGAGAGAGAUGAACACGUGCUUCCCGCGUGCCAUCCGCUCCACCAUCUCACCCUCUACUUUCCUCUUCAAGCGACGCCCACGCCCCCCUCCUCUCUCGAACCAUCUCAGCCGUCCAUGUUCGUCUCUCUAUCUUCCCUCCAUCUCUCACAAACCUCGGACCCCUCUCUUCCUAAGACCCCCAACACACUCAACCACCCUCUCAGAGCUCCAGAAAUUCCAUGCAUGGGCCACAAACCUCAUUUUCUAUUGUGGGUCCCACUUCGAAGCCACUGACAAUGGCCCAGGCACUGACCUCCUCUGCAGAGAGCUCAGAUGGCUGCUGGAAGAUGCAUUUGAGGAUUCCUCAAUGUUUUCUCAUUUGGGUUUUUCUCAGACUCCGAUGUUUUUAAAAUCUAAGGCAGAAUCUGACGAUUUUUCCACGAAUUCCAAUCUGGGUUCUUCUCAAAAUCCAAGAUUUUUAAAAUCAAGUGCUGAUUUUGAGGAUUCUUCCGUGAAUUCUCAUCUGGGUACUUCUCAAAAUCCGGGUUUUUUGAAAUCAAAUGCAGAAUCCAAGGAGUUUUCUUCGAAUUCCCUUCUGGGUUCUUCUCAAAAUCCAAGCUUUUUAAAAUCAAAGAAAGGUUUGGAUGGUUUUUCCAUGUCAUCCUAUCUGGGCUCUUCUCAAAAAGGCAGAGCGAUACCAUUAAAGGCGGGUUUGGAGGAGCUUUACUGCUUAUGGAGGGAGAGGAUUGAGAAGAGGAGGCCUUUUCAGUAUAUAGUGGGAUGUGAGCAUUGGAGGGACAUGGUAUUGAGUGUCGAGGAGGGUGUUUUGAUCCCAAGGCCAGAGACUGAGCUGAUUGUGGAUAUGGUGGGCCAGGUGGUCUUGGAUGAUGAAGGGUUGGGAGAGGGUAUUUGGGCUGAUUUGGGGACUGGGAGUGGUGCAAUUGGGAUUGGGGUGGAAAGGAUUUUGGGGGAGGAAGGGAGGGUGGUCGCAACGGAUGUGAGUGAUGUAGCGGUUGCAGUUGCCAGGUUUAAUGUUGAGAGGUAUGCAUUGCAGGGCAAAGUCGAGAUAAGGCAAGGAUCUUGGUUUGAGCCUUUGCAAGAUGUCAAGGGAAAGCUUGCGGGCCUUGUCAGUAAUCCACCAUACAUUCCAAGCCAUCAGAUCUCUGGACUGCAAGCUGAAGUUGGGAGACACGAACCAAGAAUUGCACUUGAUGGGGGCGAGAAUGGCAUGGAUGACCUUCUCCAUCUCUGUGAAGGAUCUGCUUCAGUGCUGAAACACGGCGGGUUCUUUGCUUUUGAGACGAAUGGCGAUGAGCAGUCUGAGUUUCUUUUGGAUAUUAUAAACAAGAAAUCGGAUAAUAGCUUCCGUGAUGUGAAAAUUGAAUCCGACUAUGCUGGAAUCCGUCGUUUUGUGACUGGGUUCCGUCGCUAAUUUCUGGGCAGACGUCUGGGAUCCACAUUCGACGCAUCUUCAACAUCUCAACUAAAAUACCCUAAGCCACCACUCCAUCAGCGACGGGACUAAUCGGAACUCUAAUCUGUGACACGGGAGUUCCCCAUCCACACAUGCUUUAUUCCUCGAAAAAUGAUCUCCUAUGAUUGAAAUGCACCACAAACAACCGUUGGAGGGAAAGAAACACCGGAGACGGGCCAUUGCAAGGAAAGAAACAGUGGGAAUAUGGCUGGCUGUCGAGGAAGAAGAGGGUUGGGUGAUGUGACUGUUGGUGGCUACAUUUGGAUGAUCAUUGUCUUUAUAAUGAUGGAUUGAGAUUUUCUACAACCAUGGAGAUGGCAUCCAACAGGCAUGAGGAAGGAAAUUUUUUCAUGUUGUUCAUAGGAAAUUUAUUUAGCAUGGAAAUUGCAUUUUGUAAUAACAAUUUCUGAAUAUGAUACUAGUUUGUUUAGGUGGGAACUGUGGAAAAGAGUACGAUUCCCCUUUUGUGAUGGUCUCCUUUAUUUGAGAAACCAAAAAAGAGGGAGAAAUUGAUUUCCA